CCGCGGAAGCCCCUCCUCCUUCCUUGACACGGUGUCCGUCUCUAGGUAACGUGGAGUGGGGAGCGGGGGGGCUCAAACAAAGCGGCCGAAAGGUGGCCGCUGCCUGCUGACUUCUUUUCUCGGACCCUUGACCCUCGGACGCUCGAAGCCAUGGCCCUGCCCCUGCUGCCUCGCAACAGCUUCAACCGUAAUAUGGGAAAAGAGAAAUUCCACAAAUCUCAACACUGGGGCUUUUGCAACAAUGUUAGGAUGCUGGUGAGUGAAGAUAAACCAGGAAUAGGUGGAGAACUGCUUCUCGGACAGAAGAUAAAGCCAAAAUACAGUGUAUUUCCUAAAGGAAUGGGAACUGACUCACCGUCUUGGGUGGCUUUCAAUAAACAGGUAUUAUCAUUUGAUGCCUAUUUAGAAGAUGAAGUGCCUGAUAAAAGUCAAGGAAACUAUAGAAUAAGACGCUAUAAAAUCUACUUCUACCUUGAAGAUGACACAGUUGAAGUAAAUGAACCAGUGUUGCAAAAUAGUGGACUGCCUCAAGGAAUUUUUAUCCGGCGUCAUCGGAUUUCUCUCCCACCUCCUAAUGAGGAUCAGUUUUAUACUGUGCAUCACUUUAAUGUCAGCACCGACAUUGUCUUUUAUGGUCGAACGUUCAAGAUUUAUGACUGUGACGCAUUCACAAAAAACUUCUUGACGAAAAUAGGAGUCAAAUUAAAUCCCCCAGGACAAUGUCCAGAAGAUCCUUACAUGAAAACACGGAGAGAGAAGCUAGACUGCAUGGAGCCCAUACGUCCCUAUGAGCCCUUUGACACUCUGAAACAGUUCCUCGAGUAUGAUAGGAAGGUCUUGCGUUUUUUCUGCGUGUGGGACGACUCAGGCUCAGCGUUUGGGGAUCGUAGAGAACUUAUCCUGCAUUACUUUCUGUCUGAUGAUACCGUCGAGAUCAAAGAAGUCUUGCCACAUAACUCAGGAAGAGAUGCUAUGUCAUUGUUUCUCCAGAGGAGAAAGCUACCUAAGUAUGGCCCCCCUGGAGUCUAUCAACCAGGCCAGUUAACAGACCGGACAGUUCUCAGUGUGUAUGGUGGCUACACAGAGACCCGAGUGUAUGGCUACCUGUUGGAUAAAUAUGAGCUAGGAAAAUUAGACCAAGAGUUUUACAAAGAUACUGACCUAUCCAUAGGAACCACCAUCAAUGUGUGGGGAAGGAAAGUGCUCCUUUGUGACUGUGAUGAUUUCACGAAAACUUAUUAUAGGACUAAAUAUGGAAUUGAGAACUUUACCUCGAUUCCAUGCAAGGCCCCAUCUCCUCCAAAAAUAGAAAGGAAAAUUCCACCUUAUACCGGCUUCGGUUCUGAAGAGGAUUCUCUUCGCUCCUGCAUAGGCCUUAUGCCCACAUCUCAUCAGAGGAACUUCAAGAAGUUCAUUGAAUUUGACAGCUAUGGCAACAUAAGUAAUACACUCCGGUUUUUUGCAAAACUAAUCACACAUAAAUGUGCUGAUGUGGAAAGGAUGUUUGUUAUUUCAUAUUUUCUCAGUGAUGACACAAUUUCAGUGUUUGAACCCAUAGAGAGGAAUUCAGGGUAUACUGGAGGGAUGUUCUUAAAAAGAGCUCGUGUUAAGAAGCCUGGACAAGAAGUCUUUAAAAGUGAAUUCUUGGAAUAUAUCAAGGCUGAGGAGCUGUAUGUUGGAGCCAAAGUGAACGUGAAUGGCUACCUCUUUCUUUUGGUCAAUGCUGAUGAGUAUACCUUGAACUACAUGGAGAGGAAUUCAGAUAAGUUUCCCCUGAGCAACAUUGAACUUGUCAUACAGAAGUUAAAAGAAAAAGAAUGCAAAUCCAGAGAGCUCAAGCAGGUGUUUACAACUGCUGAUUGCAUGCACACAAAGAUGGUGGAUUUUAAUGCAUUCAGGUUGGCCAGCAGCAGCAGCACCCGGGCGCCCCCUGCAGGCAGCAGCGGCCACAGUCACAGGCGGAACAGAAGUGCGCCCCUCUUCCGUGGAGCUAGGGCUGGAACAGCGGCGGCAAGGGGCGCGCAGCUGAGGAGGAAGACUAGGGGUCCGGGGAUGGCCGCAGCACUGCAGGCUCGGGCGCAGGGCCUGGUGCGGUGCUGUCACUGGGCGCCUGCUGCCUGGCACUGCUGCAGAUAUUCCACUCACAGAAGCUCCCCUGGGACAAAUUGGAGCGGCUGUACCAGCACUGCUACUUCCGUCUGAACCGGAAAAGCCUCACGAUGCUCAUGGCUGUGCUGGUGCUCUUGUGUGCGGCAGGGCUUCCGCUGCAGCUGCCCUACCUAGGCAUCCUAGUGGCCACUGUGGGUGUGAUCCUCGUCAUGGCUGUGCUCUGCAACCACGCCACCUUCCACCAGGACCACAUGGGCCUGGCCUUCUAAGUGCUCAUCUCCAUGGUGCUGGCCAUCCAGGUGGUGGGCCUGCUUUUGCUCCAGCUGCACAGCGCUUCCAAGGGCAUCUGGUGGACUGUGUUCUUCAUCAAUAUCAUCUAUACGCUCCUGCCCGUGUGCAUGCAGCCUGCGAUAUUCAGCGGGGUGCUGCUGUCUGUCCUCCAUCUGACCAUCGCCCUGCACACCAACACCCAUAAUCAAUUCCUACUCAAGCAGGUAGGGGCCCACCUGGGCACAGGGACUGGAUAGUAGGGUGUGCAGGCCUUGGCCUGACUCCAAAGAGAGGCAUCCCACCUUCAUCCUUUAGUGAGAAGAUCCAGAGAGACAUGGAUCUGUCAGCUGUGUGGUGUCUUCUAGCCUCUGACCCCGCUCUGAGCCCCAACUUCUUUGUUCCUUCACAAAAAGAGUGCUGUUCUAUGUAAUGUUCCCGCUGGUAGAAGACAGACCAAACCGUGUCCAUUAUUGUAGGGAUGCUAAUGAGGAAGGCAGGUUUGGAGAGGUCCCCUUCUCUUCCUGUGCUUCUGUCCCUAUAUAUAAGGCCCCUGACUGAAGUGGCUGGACCCUCCAGUCCCUCUCCCAGCCUCUCCCUCAGGAGAGCCACUGACAGUUUGUAGUGAACUCAGUUGAGUCCUGGAUGGAGGGUUGAUGAGGGAAACCCUAGGCACUCUUUGCCCAGUCUUAGGGAGGAGAAAUGGUAACCCUGCCAGUUGUCUGAGGCUGGGGGUUUGAGAGCUGGAAAUAUACUUUAAAUUGAAGGACUGACAAGUGUGUUUCAUUUGCAAAGUACCGGCAAGCCAAAAAGCUGCCUUCAGAAAAAGUGGGAGCAACCUUUGUGUAUGGUGACAUUUCCCUCCUGGCCUGAGCAGAAAGCUAGGGUUGUAUGUCCGGACCCCUUCACAUGGGUGCUCCUUGUUAUUGCUUGUGGUGGGGGCUUUUUAUCACUCCUGGGAUGAGUUAGGUGAGCCUUGAAUGAUGGGAUUAGGAGGAAAUAAAACUUCUGCCUGGUUAAAAAAAAUUCUAAUCUGUCCAAAUUAAUCUAGAUUUGAAUCGAUUCUAAUCAGAAUUACAAUUCUGUUCUUAGAUUUGGUUUUGUUUUGCAGGGUUGAGGGAGAGAAAUUGGCUCAUUGAUUUUUGAGGUUCCUCAAGAAAAAUCAGGGAUUGAAAAAAAAAUUGAAAAGAAAGAAUGUGAAAGUCCAGAUACUAGAAUUUAUAUAAUUGAUAGAUAUUUGAAAACACUGUAAUGUACUGAUAGAGGAUUAAACUAUCAGUGAAAUAGAGUAUAAAGCCCAUAAAAGAUUCAUUAUGGAUUUUAUUGUAAGGUACAGAGAAAUUCUCAAAUCAGUGGACAAAGAAUAGAUUAAUAGUAAAGGUUCUAGUGACAGUUGAUUAGGAAACAUUUAAUACAUUUUAAUUUUGUGGUAGGCAGGGCACAGCUGCCAAAAAAAAGGAAAAAUUGACUGUAUUCACUACAGGAAAAUUUUCUGUUUCUUUAUAUCAAAAAAGUAUUUCUCUAUCAACAAACUGAAAAGAUAAAGGAUAGACUGAGAGAAAAUAGUUACAACCAAUGUAAGAACCAGGGGAUUGAUAUUAAGGAUUUAUGAAAACUCCAGUAAAAUCAGCAGACAAAAAUGGCUUAAGGACAGGAAUAAACAGUUCUCAGAAGCAAUACAAAUAGCCUUUAAACCUAUGAAAAGAAGCCAAAUAAUCACACAAGCUGAAACAAUAAUGAAAUAGAGUUUCCGCAUAUUAUAUUAGUGACAUUUAAAAAGAAUAAUAUAACUGGCUCCAGAUGAGCGUGUGGGAUAACAGGUACUUUCAUUUUCUAUUGAUAGAAGUUUAAAUAGGUUAAGCAUUUUGGAGGGUAACUGGCAAUAUCUAAUGCUGAGAUUCUAUUACCUAGUAAUUGCAUUUUUAGAAACUUUUUACUCCGAAAAAUUUUGACAAGUAGGUUGUAAUAGAUGUUUGUGUGUGCACUCAAACAAUAUUUAUUGCAGCAAAAUUUGUAAUAGCAAAAAUUUGGAAAAAAAAUCAAAUGUCCAACAGUAGGGAAAUAGUUGGAUAAGUUCUUUUGCUUUGGUUUAAGACUGUACUAUUUAGCCAUUAGAUCUUACCUAGUGGCUCAGUCAGUAAAGAUUCUGCCAUUAAGAUGAGAGACCUGGGUUCAGUGUCUGGGUGGGGAAGAUCCCCUGGAGAAGGAAAUGGCAACCCCCUCCAGUAUUCUUGCCUGGAGAAUUCCAUGGACAGAGAAGCCUGGAGGGCUACAGUCCAUGUGGUCACAAAGAAUCAGACACAACUAAGUGACUAACACUAUUUAGCAUUUAGAAAGGAUGCUGCUAAACUGUUGCGGCUGCUAAGUCACUUCAGUCGUG